AUGCAAAACGCAACUGCACAGCCAGACAGUCAACUACAUUCAGAUCCUACGGUUGAGCUAGAGACUUGCGGCAAUGCUUGCUGUCCGAUGGGAUACAAGUGUCAAGGCAGCGUUUGCCUGGCUCAGAGCAAAGCGGAGGCCGCCGCGAGUUCUUCCUCAUCGCCCUCGGCAUCGAGCAGCCUUCUACCGACGAGUACGAGCUCGCCACUCAGUACCACGACUUCCACAUCUGGUGGAACCACAAUCACUCCCAUUCCACUUGGAGGCGCCGUGGAGAACACCCACGACUCGGAUUCAUUCUCAGGCAAAUCCUUUGCUGCUGGCUUCGUACCUGGUAUCGCACUUGGCGCCAUACUAGCGGCAGCUUUGGUUCUGUGGCUUCUUCGACGAAAACGUUGCAACUCCAGAUCUUACAUCGAUGAGAAGCAUUUCUCCACCGGUCGCGAUACGUUGACAGAUUUGGGACCAGAUGUUUACCGGCGGCCCACCGUACAUGGAAGAUCGAUCUCUGAGCCGACAGUUGAUACCAGCUUGGGCCAUCGCACCGACUUCUACCAUUCAUCACCGCCUCGAGAGGAGGAAACCGGCAUGUAUGGUGGUCUUCAAGGCUACGCUGUGCACAUUCAAUCUCCAGCAAAGGCGCCUAUCACUCCAGCCAGCCAAGCUCAGGAAGCCGCAUCCAGAAGUAAAGUCUGGCUUUCUCAUUCACCAUUCAUGAAUCAGGUAUCGACACCAGUUCCAACGCAAUCGCCAGUCCCGGCGCACCUCAAACGAGGGACAUUGCACUUCCAGAUCAGCCCAGUACGAGCUCUCCGGAAGCAACGAAGCAUGCACUCUCUUCGACGCCAAAUGACGGACGCUACAACUCGCAGCAACUCAGGUCGAAGACAGCGAGCUGAUCUGAGUAGAACUGGAAGUGCCGAGACCAUCAAAGUCUUGAUGGAUACGCCUGACGUUUCGAGAAAUCCACAUCCAAGAACUCUACCCUCGGCGACUUAUCAACGACCGUCGCAGCCUCUGCCAUCGGCGAGUACCUGGCAGACAACAUCCAGCUCUGACGAUUCGACCCCCAUUGAUGAACAGCCAACCCAGGACGACUACACGCCCACUCGUCCCGGCCGCAACAGUCAAGUCGCCAACGUCGGCGCUACUCUUCAAAGCCCCUAUACGCCCAGCAACUAUCCCACCACAGAUCAGCACGAAAGAGAGCGAAAGAAGUUGGACGGUCUGCUUCCUCCAGGCAUGGCGGGUGAUAGAGACUCCGCUUGGAGGAACACUGCUAUGACGACUUUCAGCAGUAUGAUGGAGAAAGCUGGGCUGAGGAGGAGUAUGUUGGGUGAGGAGAAGGGCAAGGGGAAGGUUAUGAAGGAGAAAGAUUUGGUGAUGGGACCGGAUCCGAGGAAGUGGAAUCGGUGA